CAAAAUGGCUUUAAGAAGGAGUUAUAGCUUAUCAGGUCUUCUCUCUCGGCUGUCCUUCAGCAGCAGUCGUGGCAGAGCGUGUGUGUCUCCCAUCCUAACCACACAGCAGAGAAAUCAGUCCAACAAAAUCAAAGUGGAUUUUGAUCAAAGUACAGGGCCAACCCAAGGUGUUUUCAGCCGGCCUGGAUAUCUUAGAGAUGUAUGGGAAGAGUCCAGAGCACUAUGCAGAGUUCUGGAAAGCUGUGCAGGAGAUGUGGCUGAAACUCUACAGCUCCAACAUGGUUACUGUAGCUGCUAUUAACGGUUCCAGUCCUGCAGGCGGCUGCCUCGUCGCGUUGACGUGUGACUACAGAAUCAUGGCAGAUAACCCUCGUUACAGCAUUGGUCUGAACGAGACGCAGCUCGGUAUCGUGGCGCCGUUUUGGUUUAAGGACACCUUAGUGAACGUUGUGGGCCACAGGAACACCGAGAUCUCGCUGCAGUUGGGGCUGCUCUACAACCCUCUGGAUGCCUUAAAGAUAGGACUCGUGGACCAGUUGGUACCUGAGGAUCAGAUCCUUGCCGCAGCCACACAGACCAUGAGCAAGUGGUUGGCUAUUCCAGAGCACGCCCGGCAGCUCACCAAAUCCAUGAUGAGGCUGCCCACAGUUGACAAACUAAGAGCUAACAGAGAAGCUGACAUCCAGAACUUUGUAGGCUUCGUCACUAAAGAGUCCAUCCAGAAGUCGCUGCGCAUGUACAUGGAGAUGCUCAAACAACGAAAGGCCUGAAGAAGAAGUAUGAAACGCUCACACAGUAGCAGGACUGGAUGCAGCACUUGGUUUCUCCGCUUCAUGUUUUAUUAAAUAAUUCAAGAUGCUGUACAGCAGACAGGCAGGACAUUUUAGGCAGAAAUUCCCAGUUACAAAAAUGAUUUAUCUUUAUUUUUGACAGUUUAGUUCAGAUGCAGAUGAGUAAAUAUUUUAAAUAAGUGUAUAAUUGAAUAAUCUUUGAAACUUUAGAUACCUAAAUUCAUUCUUGUAACACUCAAGGUCUUUGUCCUAAAGAUACCUGUUAUUACUUUACUUUAACAAMUCAGAAAACACAUUGCCAGUGAUUUAAAAGCAUGUGCUCUUUAACGUUUGCCUUUUCAUACUUUUCCUGUCAGUGUUAAUGUGAAGUUUCUGAAUGAACUGUUGGAUUCAUAAAUUAAAGGGUGGUACUCAAAAGCUU